GCAAUGACUCGCCCCCUUCGCACAUGCGGCAGGCUAUGCAAAGAUUAUCCAACUAGAUCUGUCGCCUUUUAGCUUGUCUAUAUAAACUCCUUGCCCGCCGCUCUUGCGGUUUAUCUCCACCACUACCGGGUACUGAUCCCUCAUUCCAGAAGUAGCUUAGCGAUCAAGAGCUAGCUAGCUAGGAUUCGAUGGGCGACAUGCAGAUCGUGCUGGCGGGGGGAAAGAUCGAGGCGCAGCACGUGGAGAUGAAGGUCCCCCUCUACUCCUACGGCUGCGAGAAGAAGAUCAAGAAGGCGCUCUCGGGUCUCAAAGGGAUACACUCGGUUGAGGUGGAUUACCAGCAGCAGAAGGUGACGGUGUGGGGGAUAUGCAACCGGAACGACGUGCUGGCGGCCGUCCGGCGGAAGCGGCGAGCGGCGCUGUUCUGGGGCGCGGACCAGGCGGAUCUGAGCGAGGACGCCAGGCUCGGGGAUGCCCCGAAGCACUACCUGCGAGCUUUCACCGCGUACAGGAGUAGGAAGUCGUGGAAGAAGCUCUUCCCCAUGAUCCGGCUGUAA